CAUACUCAGAAAAUCCCAGUCACACAGAGGAAUGUCAGCCAUGCACGCAGUGCACCGGUCUUUACCGCAUGGACACGCCCUGUACGGACACGAACGACGCAAAGUGCGUUUGUAACUACGGCUACUACCUGAGUGACCUGUCUCAGCGUUGCGAGCCCUGCACCAAGUGUCCCGAAGGCCAGGGCAUGCUGCUGAGCUGCGAAGUGGACCACGACACUAUGUGCGAGCCGUGCACUGGUGACACGUACUCCGACCAGGAAAGUUUCCGGGACCCGUGCAUCCCCUGUAACACCUGUGAUGACAUAGAGGUGGUACAGGCCUGCACUUCCGUUAGCGAUGCCGUGUGUAAAGUUGACCCUUCCUUCGUCCCCCCAACUCCAUUCACCGGUGCUUCCAUUUCCCCGGAAGACUUUCCUCCAGUGGACCCUCCACCAAACAUUCCUACAGAGACGACCGUCACCACAACAGACGGGGACUCCCAGGAGUGGAUCUACCAGGGACUGAACGACAAACUUAUCCCCAUCUACUGCUCCAUCCUUGCAGCCGUUGUGGUUGGUCUUGUGGCAUUCAUCAUCUUCAAGAGGUGGAACAGCUGUAAGCAGAACAAACAGGGGGCAAACAACUGCACGGCCAACCAGAACCAGACGCCCUCGCCCGAGGGGGAGAAGCUGCACAGCGACAGCGGCAUCUCCGUGGACAGUCAGAGUCUGCAGGAGCAGCAGGGACAGACUCAGGCACACACAGUGGUCUCCAUGGACGAGGAGCCCUGUUUGCUACUUCCCAUGCACACCAGGGAGAAAGUGGAGAAGCUGUUGUACCGGGGCAGUGAAGGAGACACUGCCGAGCACACGGACGACAGUGACUGGUGCAACCUGGCGGGACUUCUGGGGUACGAAGAGGAGCGCAUUGCCUCUUUUCAGAAGGAGGAGCAUCCUGUACGUGCACUCUUGUCUGACUGGGCGAGCAAAGACUGUGCCAGCCUCGAAACCCUGUGCACGGCGCUGCGCAAGAUCAACAGGAACGACAUCGCCCAGAGUCUGGUGCUCAGCCCUUCUGCUGCGAAGCCCACCGCCACGUCUGUGGUUUAAUUUAAGUCCACGUGAGCAAAACACCCUCCAAAUACCACAAUCAUACCCUUCCCUGUCCUCCCCUUAGUGCAAGAGCUGCUGUAGUAAUUACUCCACGAAGCCAGCAGUCACAGUCAAUUGUGAUAUAUAAUUUCAUAUUGAAUCUAAGGUUCAACUUCCAGUAAAUGAAUGGUUAUCAGUGCGUAGAGAGCAGUCGGUGGGCCUCAUUUAAUGGGCCUGGAAAACUACAACCUUCUCCGCGCAGCUUUUCGAAUUCAGUUUCGGCGUCAGAGUCGACUUAAGUCGCAAAGCUGCUGCAGCCUAGCUGUGCGCGUGUAGCUGUGCGUGUGUAGCUGUACGGUUCGUGAUCCCCGGCCUCUCUGCUUCAACCAUCAAACUCCUCGAUAAGCUAUCGUUGUACCUGUUACCAAAGAGGAGCGAAAGUCUCCAGACCACAUCUGGACGAGUAGCAUUACUUCCAAGCCAUCGUAGAGUUUUUGAAUUCAGUUUGAGAAACGUGCCUGGUUCUUUUUUUUUUUUCGCAGACUAAACCUGUGCACUAUAAAAUAUCUGGAUCUUCGCAAAGGUGACAAUCUGCCCAACCAUGUUUGGACCUUCUCCCCUACGAGCCUGCUCUUCAUCAAACCGUGUUGACAUAAGCCCAGUCCAAGCUUAAGUGAACUCUUAAGGCGUUUUUUUUUUUUUUUGGUCCGGUGUGGAUAUGCCAACCAGGUGAAAUCAACAUUAAGACUCCAGACUACUACUCAGGUCUGUCUACGAGAAUAAUGAGCUUCUGUUGAUUCCUUCAUGCUGACCUAGUGCUACUCCAAACCUAAUGUAUCCAAUACCAUCCAUCUAUACCGUAUGUACAGGGAAAGCACUUACACACAGCCAGUACAGGCAGCACAGUUUGUACAGACAACCGUCCCCACGCCCACAUUAUGUAGCGACUUAUGCAUGUAGUCACAAACACUCCGAUCAUGUACGCACAUUCCUCCUCAUUUAAUCUAAACCACACACCCAUCCUCAUUUUCUGUCCCGUACACCACCGAGCUGUCUCGUAACGUGACCGUACACUGUUUAUUCAGACUGGGGGAAAAAAACUUAAGUCUUAAAAAAAUGUACAUGGUAAAAUGAAGCAUUGACAGUAAACAAGCAUGGAUUUUGGGGAAAAAAAGAGAAAAAAAAAA